UGUAACUUAGCAUGCUAAUAAUGUGAUGUCCGGCUUAAAUACUCGUCCGGUUCGGUUUCAUUUAUCUCGAGACGCGGUCUGAAUGUUGUUGUAACGUCUCGAAAGAAUGAAAACCCGGGAUUCAUCACCACCGCAGCCGCCGCCGCUGUCGACGCCACCGGUUCAUGUCCACGUACCGGAGACCACACCUGUACAUGUUCAUAUGAGAAGGAGUCCCAGCAAGACCCCACAGAACAGGGCAAAAGAUGUCCAGGUGAAGGGAGAGGGAGGGAGGCCAAAGGCCCGGUCGCCGUGGAUUCCUCCUGGAAGACUGUCCUGCCGAAGAGAUGCGGGCUCAUACAAGUGCCAGAGGAGCCGAGUGCAGCGUCAGUCAGGACAUCAGCGUGAUGGAGAAGAGCAGGAAGAAGAGGCGGCUGCCGUAUCCAACAGCCUCAGCAUCCUACUCCAAGAGCAGGAAGGCAUCCGUCGUUCAAAGAAGUCAGAUUCCAGGGGUCAACACAGAGAGACGGACGUGCUCCUGAGGACGCUCGUAGAAGCAGAGAUCGACGGCGUAGCUGUAGCUAAUCAGCUGACAUCCCUGAAGGAAACUAUCGACAGCCUGGCGAAGGACAAGCGGCUGUCCAAGCUGCACGCAGCUUCACUGGGACGGCAGCAGGAGUUGUUGUUCGAGAAGAUAGAGAUGUUCGACAACACCAACCAGAGCCUUCGAGAGCUCCUCAGAGAGUGGAGUCAACACGAGAGAGAUUCACUGGUGCGGUCAGAACAGAAAGACGCCUUGAGGAAGAGACUGACCGACAGCGAAGCAGAGAACAUUCGACUCGUGGCCAAACUCACCCACAGGGAGAAAGAGGCGUCGAAGCUCGCCGAGCAUUUGGACUUUGAAAGGGACACGGUGAAGACGACGGAGGAGCUUUCGAGAAUCCUGGAGUCAACGCGCGACCAUCUGGAGUCUCAGCUGAGCCGAGCAGAAGCCGAGAAGACCCAGCUGGCUGCUCAGAUUCAGAGGAUGCAGCAGAGCCAGGAGCAGCAGCAGGAGAAGCUCCAGACUCUGCAGGAGGAGCUGCAGACUCAGAGGCGGCAGCGGGGCGAGGAGGAGGGGGAGCAGGGGAGGAGAGACCGGGAAGCUCUGACCCUGCUGACCCAGCAGGCCGAGCGUGCCGAGGAGUCCGCCAGAGAGCGAGCGGAGAAACUGAAGGAGAAGGAAAUCCAGUUGGCUCAAGCUCUGUCCACAUCCAGUGACUGGUGCCUCCGACACUCUAAAGAAGCAGCUGCCAAAGCGCAGCUGGAGGAGGAAGUCUCUGCUCUCAGAUUCCAGGCGACAGAGCUGAAUUCCCAGCUUCGCUCAGCGGAGGAGAAGAGCCGGGCGGAGAGGGAGGAGCUCAGGGAUCAGCUCCAACAUCUCAGCGCUGAAAACACCUCCACCAAGCUGGACAACCAGAGACUCAAGGGAGAGUUGGCGUCAUCCGAGGAGAAGCUCAGGGGGCUUCAGUCUGAAGCUCGUCAGAUGAAAUCAUCCAUCAAAAAGUAUGAAAACGUGGUGGAGAAAUACAAGAAGAAGGUCCAGCAGGCUCGUCUGGAGUCGGAGGAGCACUGCCUGAAGCUGGAGAUGACGCAGAGGGAGAUGCGGGAGGUGGAGACGAGCCUGGAGAGGGAGAAGGAGCAGGUGAGGAGGGAGCUGCUGGGUCGGCUCAGAGAGCUGGAGACGCUGCCCGACAGACUGAGGAGGACCGAGCAGCAGCUGCGAGACGCCCAGCAGGAGGCCGACGCCCACGAGAGGAGGAACGUGGAGCACAACUCCGCCCUCUCUGAAGUCAGACACAAGGUGGAGCAGCAAGGCGCUCAGCUGGAGACGUUUCAGCAGAGGAACCUGCUGCUGCAGGAGGAGAACAGCGUUCUCAAGGAGAAAAUUCACAACUUAGAGAGGAGGCUGGAGGACGUGAAGGUAGAAAACAGAGAAAUGUCUCAGGUUCUCAGCUCAAAGGAAGCAGGACUCCGCAGCGUUCAGCAGCAGCUGGAGGAGAAGACGUGUGAGUGCAGCGUCCUGUCCAGACAGCUGCAGCAAACACUGGACGACGCACAGAGACAGGUUGACGACAGCGUGCAGAAGGUUUUGGCCAAAGAGAGAGCGUCCCAGUCGAAAGCUUUGGACCUGCAGAGCCAGCUGAGCCGAGCCAAAACAGAGCUGAGUCAGCUGCAGCGAAGCAAGGAGGAGAUGGAGCGUCGUUUCAAGAGUCAGCUGCAGAACCUGAAGGACAGAUUGGAGCAGUCGGACUCUACAAACCGCAGUCUGCAGAACUACGUCCACUUUCUCAAAACCUCGUAUGGAAAUGUGUUUGGUGACUCUUUGCUUACAAGCUGACUGCAAGAUUCACCGACCUGACCAGCAUUUCAUCCCUCAGCAGUGUAGUAGAGCUAAAUUACAUUUAUUGAAUAUCUACUUUUAACUUAAGAGUUUUAUAUUAUCUAUGAAAUUAAUAAAGCUUUCUUUUUAUGAAAAUCUUUGUAAGGAUUGCUUGAUUUUAGU